AUGUGUGAUCCUCCGCCGCGGAUGAGGGGCCUGCUGACCGUGCAGAUUAAGCGGAACUUGAUAACGGCCGCCAUAUUUGCCGCGACAAACGCAUUGUUAUUUCGGAUAUUUUACGUUAACCCUAAGCAGAAACGGAUACGAGAAUACUAUCUAAAUUACGACCCAGACGUCAGCGAGGAAUUAAUGGCUCCGUAUUUGCACACUACCUACUUGGACAAGGAGGACGAGGCGGAAGAAUAG